AUGGCAUCUGCUGCUCGCUCUGCUACUCGCGCCUUCUUGCGCUCCACCCCGGCGACCUCCUCAUUCCGCCCUGCCGUGCGCUCUGCUCGCUUUGCUCUGCCUGCGCAGGGCUUCCGCUCCUCUGCUCGUCGCGGGUACGCCUCAGAGGCCGGUCAGAAGAGUGGCGGUUCCGGCGCCAUCUGGGCUCUGGCCGUCGCCGUUGCCGGUGGUGCAGGUGCUUACUUCUACCUAAACGGCGAAUCCACGCCCGCCGGUCCCUUUGUGCCCACCAAGGAGGACUACCAGAAGGUCUACGAUGCCAUUGCUCACCGUCUGGCCAACGAGACCGAUUAUGAUGAUGGCAGCUACGGACCCGUCCUCGUUCGUCUCGCCUGGCACGCCAGUGGUACCUACGACAAGGUGACCGGCACUGGUGGUAGCAACGGUGCCACCAUGCGCUUCGCCCCCGAGUCAGACCACGGUGCUAACGCCGGUCUGAAGCACGCCCGGGACUUCCUUGAGCCCAUCAAGGCCCAGUUCCCCUGGAUCACCUACUCCGAUCUUUGGACCCUGGCCGGUGCCGCAGCCAUCCAGGAACUCGGUGGCCCCGUCAUCCCCUGGAGACCGGGCCGUCAGGAUAAGGACGUCGCUGCCUGCACCCCCGAUGGUCGCCUGCCCGACGCCUCCAAGAACCAGGAUCACAUCCGCACCAUCUUUGGCCGCAUGGGCUUCGAUGACCGUGAGAUGGUCGCUCUGUCCGGUGCUCACGCUCUGGGCCGUGCCCACACCGACCGCUCGGGCUACGAGGGUCCCUGGGAUUUCAGCCCUACCGUUUUCACCAACGAUUACUUCAAGUUGCUCGUUGACGAGAAGUGGAACCAGCGCAAGUGGAACGGACCUGCUCAGUUCACCGACAAGACCACCUCUACUUUGAUGAUGCUGCCCACCGACAUUGCGCUCAUCAAGGACAAGGUCUUCCGCAAGCACGUUGAUCGCUAUGCCAAGGACCAGGAUGCCUUCUUUAAGGAGUUCUCUGACGUCUACGUCAAGCUCUUGGAACUCGGUGUUCCCUUUGAGAGCAAGCCCGAGGACCGAAUUGUCUUCAAGGCAUCUGAGUAA